AUGGAUAUAACGAAAGAUAAUAUUGAAAAAAAGCUUCGAGAUGAGUUUGAGCCGACUUACUUGGAAAUUGAAGAUAUUUCAGGUGGUUGUGGUCUGAAAUUUGAUGCCACUAUUGUUUCGUAUAAAUUCCAAAAGGUCACAUUAUUAAAUCGACAAAGGAUGGUCAAUGAUGUACUGAAAGCUGACAUGCCGAAAAUUCAUGCAUUUUCACAGCAUACAUAUACUCCUGAAGAAUGGGAAAAGAAACAAUCUACCAGUACACCAGCAGCAACCGAUACGUCAGUGAAAGCUUGCUCAAAUUGUGAUAAAUGA